UAUUUCCGUCUGCAACGAACAGUUUAUCAAGUUCUAUAUUGUAACUUACAAUGUCAAAGUCAAGAGUUUCACCCGAAGAACCGAGAACCACAGCAGCAUCCAUAUGUCGAGAAUUCACCGAAUCGACAACACUUCAUGGAAUCCAAAACGUGUUCAAAAAGGGCUCGAAGAAAAAACGUAUAAUUUGGUUGUUUUGUUUACUUGUGGCUGCCGCAGCUUACCUGAAAUUUACACAGAUUCUUGUUUUAUCAUUUUUUUCGUAUGACGUUAUUACUCAUAUUACUUUAGUGAAUCAGGAUGCUGCCGAUGUCCCUGCUAUUACAAUUUGUAAUUUUAAUCCAUUUCGGAGGGACUACUCUGAGCGAACUAAGCUAUCCCAAUUUAUGUCAAUUUUUCACAAGAAGUCAUUCUCCGCAGCAAAAUUUUUUGCAUUGGGAAAUUUUACCGAAACAUCGAUGGAAAAGAUGUAUCGAGAUGGUGCACAUAAGUUGGACGAGAUGUUGCAUUUGUGCGAGUUUCGUGGGAAAAAUUGUUACGCACAAAAUUUUACUCCAGUUGUGACCAGACUCGGCCUUUGUUACACUUUUAAUAAAGGUAUGUGAUGAAAUAUCACUUUAAGUAUUGAAGAGUUCAUCAAACCCUGCCAUAAGUAUCAGAGAUUAUGAUCGUAGACUGUAUGUAUUACACCUCAAGUAAUAGAAAAGAACAUUAUGCAUGAUACAUUUCCAUCUCAUUAUAUUUGAAUUCGUUGAUAUAUAUAAUGGUCAGAUUUUUAUGAGAUAAUCAAUGGUUUGUUUAAAUUAAUCUCUGCAUGCUUUCAAAAUUCUUAUCCAAAUAAGAAGUUACACUGGUAGUCAAAAAGCUGCUAAAGUUAUAUAUGAAUCUACAUACUACGAGUAAGCAGCAUUUUAGCAUGUUGCGAAUUUUAUUUUCAAAUUGUAUAAAAAAAUAACACAGUUUCUAUCCAAUUCGAUAUUCUAGCAAUUCUUUUUGCGUGCCAGCUAACUACGAAAUGGCAAUGAGUAACAAACAGAAAUAACGAAAAAACUAAGAAACGGUCAAAGGGGGCCCAUAUUUAAAAUACAAUGGUGUCACUACAUUUGCAUUAUUUUUCGAUGCAUGUUGUAAUUAGUGAAAUGAUCAAACUUACUGCAUACUUCAAAAGCAGCAUGAGAGCAAUCGCCAUGAAUUUUAGCUGAAAUAUUAUGGAAUGAAGCUGACUUCGUAUUCAUACAUCUCCACGCCCCCCCCCCCCCCAACUCCGUGACACCGUCAUGCAUAAUUGCUAAAUACCUAUUUACUUCCUUUGGCAGAUUUUUCAUUUAUGAAAAUAGAGAAUCCAGGCGUAGAAUUUGGUCUUAAAUUACACCUUUCGCCUCAGCAAGAUCUCUACUACGGCUUUGCAGGCGAAAUAGCCGGAUUUAAAGUACACAUACACAAACAAGAUGAAUCGCCACUUAUAAAAGAGAAUGGUUUCGCGGUGAUGCCUGGCACAAGUACUUUUGUUGCAGUUACAACAAAACAAGUAAGACCUGCAAUAAAUGCACGGCUGAUGUGCGCAACUAUAUGAAAAGUAAAAGCAGAAAAUCCGUCGCCGAGGUUCUGCUACUAUUUCUCAGCAUUAUCAUCAUUGUUCUGUUACCCUAUUCCGGUCUCAACCUAAAGUGCCACCAACCGUCUGAAAAAAGACAUUUUCUGCAAUUGCAGAUAGUCCCAAGAAUGUGUCCCACUAUAUGGUAUUUGGUAAUAUUACAAUUUUGGCUGUAAUAAAAGUUAUAUAUUUUCGUAGUGGAUUUAACAGUAGCAACUGGAGUGCAUUGGUGUUUGGAUGUACGGGGUAAUAACAUUCACCCACCCUCUCUUCUCUUUCAUAUUAAGUAAUUUUAGGUAUAUAUUUCAGUAACUUGAGCUGCUUAUAAGAUAAAUUGGAAGAACAUUUAAGGAAAAACGUGGGAAUUAAAAGUGAAGGAAGAUUAAAAUGCAAAAUUUUGGUUGCAUUUUCGGGCUUUAAUUAAAAGGAUCUAAACUUUCAAAAGUUUCUCGGUGAGUGUUCUGCCUAACCUCACUAGUAGCUUUAACAGUACACAAUUAUUUGUUUUGUUGCACGUCAAGUCUUAGGAGGUGAUCAUUCAUAUUUCCUCAACCUCGCCAGUGACUUGCAUGAAUAAUGUACUCAUACAUGAAAUCACGACACUGAAAACAAUUUGGUAGGUAAGUUUACUCCCACACUCGAACAUCGGACCUUUACCCCCGUUCCAAUCUAUGGCGAAUCUAUCUAUAAUAUCACGUUCCCUCAUUGAACAUGCAUACUCCAACGUGUACAGAUAUCGCCAUAAAGUGAUUAAAAUUGUAACAUCAAUAUAUUGGGCCUUUUCCAAAUUACAAAAAUUAGCUAUGUACAGAAUUUCAAUCCAGUUACAAGGCGAUUUUUGAAGAGUCCCCACAUUAUCUACAUUAUCUAUUCAUCUUCUCUAAAACUGACGAAUUAUAGAUCCGAUCAUCAUUCCUUUUCAGUGAAAAUUUACUAAAAUAUAAGGCGGAAACCGGCUUUGCACGGGCGGGAGUGGACGAGUGGUCCUAAAUUAUAGAGGGAUAUCACGGGAGUAAGCAUAAAGAAGGGAGGGAGAAUGGUGGUCUGCACACACUCAUAGGCGUACGGGAAGGAAUAAAUUAGGGGGCAGAAAGAAAUUUGCCCGACUUUUUCGAAUUGUUCCCGACCAGUCCCCGAAAUUAUUUUUUUUCCGCAACAAUAAAUUUUGGCGACACACCCCCACCCUCCCCCCCCCACCCCGUCGCCAAAAAAAGUUCGGUCUGUGUACUAUUUUAGGGGUCCAAACGUUUUCCGGACAUACCAAAAUUUUUCGGAACGUCAAACAAAUUUUCCCAAACAUCACAAAAUUUGCAUAACUUCAAUUCACCCAAAGUUGGCUGAAUUUAUCCCAUUAAUUUUUAUAAUAACCCAAUAUUGCCCGACUGUGAAGCGGAUAUUGCUCAACUGGCUUGGUUUGCCCAACAAACUGGGGUUAUUAUUACGAGACAUUUUAUUGCUUUGACUACUUUUUCUCCGACUUUUGCCCGACUUUUGUUGAACAUAUACCCGACUUUUCGACUUUGUAAUCUUUUUUUUUGGGGGGGACAGCUGCCCCCCUGCCCCCCCCGUUCCGUACGCCUAUGGACACACUCCACGCUUUUCGAUCCACGGGGUCAACUUAUUAAUUACUUAAUACAGAAGAGAAAUAGGGGACGGAGCGAAAGGAAUAUUUGCUACGCCCUCGAGGGAAAUCAGACUCGCCCUUGAGGGAAAUCAGACUCGCCCUUGAGGGAAAUCAGACUCGAAUUGUAAAAAGGUUUAAGACUACGCAGAAUGGACGGCUGCCGUUCUAUACAUUUAUACCAUUAUUAUUAUUAUUUUCAGGUGAAAUCGCUUCCACCACCAUAUAAGAGUAAAUGUGCAAACAAGAAGAUAUUUGGAACAUCUGCGUACUCAAAACCGCUUUGUUUUGAAGAAUGCAGAACACGUUUCAUCAUCAGCAAAUGUCACUGUCGUAGUGCUGAAAUGCAAGGUAAUCAAUUUAAUCUUCUGUCAAAUUUAAGGACAUGGAUAUUUUGUCUAUAA